CGCGUCGGUCACGCGCAGCAACUCCAACUUGGGUCGUCAAACCCCGCCGCCCUCCGCGCACUCAAGCGGGUCCCUUAAAACCGCCGAGGGUCCGGCGUGGCUGAAGGCUCGAGGUGGGCUCCUGACAGCCUCGCCGCCGCCGGCCGCACUUUGCUGCCAGGACCCGCCUUCGUGGACGCUGAUCCCCCUGCUAGUGUCCAUCCCGGCGCCCUCAGCGAAUCUUUCAAGAUAUACCCUUUGGCCUGCGUGGCUCUGAGUCACCCCACACUGUAACCCGAGCGGGACGGCGCAGGGCGUCCCAGCGGCGCAUCUUGCCGCUGACCUAGUGCUACAGCCGCCUUGGCGAACCUCUGCAGCCCCAAAGGUGCUAACUGCGGUGCGUGCGCAGAACGCAGGUGAUCUGGAGAAAUCUUCGCAAACUGCUCUGCGCUGGCCAGUUCCUCCCGAGGGAGGCAGAAAAAAAUCACCAUGUCCUCUUCCAGACUGGGGCUCCGUUUGGCUGCCUGUUUAUUAAACAUUUCAGAAGCCAGAAGAAAAUACAUUGUUGAGAAUGUCGCGAAAGCAGCUCUUCUUGAAAGAAAUGGACAGAAACAUCCUAAUGUAUCAGUGCUCAAUAUAUUUUCUGAUCAUGAAUACAACAGAUCAGUCAUUACAAUAGCAGCUUCUGUUGAUGAGUUAGGUGAUUCUGUUCUGGCUGCCUGCUUGGAGGCCUUUCGGUCUAUUGAUAUGGAGGUUCAGGAUGGGAUCCAUCCUUGCCUGGGAGCAGUCGACCUGAUUCCUGUUUACCCUCUCUGUGGUGUUGGAGUGGAAGAGUGUGGAGCUGUGGCCAGAAGCCUUGCUGAGAACCUGCUCCUCCGUGUUCCUGGCUGCAGUGUGUUUCUCUUUGGUGAGGCUGACCUGCCUGAGAAGCGCCCUCUUGUCCAGAGAAGGAAGCAACUGGGGUGGUUCACAAGGAGGGAUUUCAGCGCUCUUGAACCUGACUUGGGAGUUGCACCCACCCGAAAAUGUGGCCUGACAGGUAUCGGCGCUAGCCCGUACGUGAUGAACUGCAACGUUACCAUAGAUUCUCAAGAUUUGGAUCUGGGAAAAGAGAUCGCUAGUGCCAUUCGUGGCUCGAAUGUGAAUGGAUUGAAGGGUGUCCAAACAAUGGCUUUUCCUCACCAGGGGAAAAUUGAGAUUGCUUGCAACGUAGAGAGUUUUGAAGAUCCAGAAGUUAUAGAAACUGCAGAGGGCUCUCAAUACAUGGCUUACAGUGUCCUUGGAGACCAGUUUUAUUAUGUACCUCCUCAUUACAUAGAAGCUCAAGUUAAAAAGUUGGCAAGUGAUCGGGGAAUUGGUACUAUAGGGAGAGCAUUAAUUGGAUUUACACCUCAAGAGUGCAAGAACUGUGCUGAAUAUGCUAUAAAGGAAGGUAUUGGGGAGUUCUGGAAGAUACGGGGAGGUGUUUUCAUGUGAUCCAGUCUAAGGCUUCAUUGAAAUUGUAAGGAAAAAUAUCAGUCAUUACAAAGUUUUCUUCUGGCCAGUAAGGAUGAAGGCAAGAUGCAAGAGCUUGAUUCUAGCUCUUUGUUGGAGAACUGGAAGUAGUCUCUGUCCAAUGACAAGGACAGGUUUUAUAGACUGUCCAUAAUCACGUUGUGAUAUUUCUUUUUCUUUCUUUUUUUUAAAUUAUAGUUGAUUU